AUGCUGUCCCCGUUUACCGGCAUCGAAAGCAGCGGCUCGGUUUCCGCCUCUCCAGACGACUCGUCCAACCUCGCGUCGUCAAGCUCGACUCCCCCCACGACUGUCACCGACAGCGACAGCCUACACUCGGACGCCUCGAAGCACGAUGUCAUCACCGUGAUUGACGACUCGACUGUCGUCGCGAUCGCUCCGGCCCUCCCUGUGUCUGACGUGCCAUCGCCGCGCCGGCCUCAGAGGGCACGAGCAAGCCUGCCCGUCUACAACUUGGCCAAGCUCAGCGGCACCAGCGCGCAUGGCAAACGCCGGGCCAAAGGCGACAUCGUGGCCACUCGCAGGCGCCGGACCAUUGCAGGCAGCACUGUGACGCCUGGCGACGCCGAUGUCGGUGCGCAGGGCCAGGUAUCGACCAACAUUGACGCGUUGAGUCUCGAGGCUUCCCCCAGCAAACGCAGCACCCCGCGCGCGCAGCGCCUGGCGCGACCAUCGCCACGCUCGCUGCGAUCAGUGUCGCGUCUCGCCGGUCCAAAUGGCGGCGCGAGUGCCGGUGCGACGCCGGUAUCAUCCAUUGCGGCCAAGCUUUCUGCCGCCAGCAAGCGCGGGCGCAUCACCAAGGCUGUUGGCAAGCCGGUCAAAAUGUCCCGCGAGCUGCGGCGCCUGCAGGACACAAAGGAGUUCAACCACAUUGACGAAAGACCCGUCAUCCACAGCGUCUGGUCCAAUGGCAAAUACGUCGACCCCAAUCAGGCCCGAGAGCGCCAGACGGUGCGCAAGAGGGCAAAUGUCGCGGUGGCGGCCGAGAUCAAGGUCAAGGAGGAAUCAGAGGAGCCUGUCGCCCAGCUUAAGCAGCGGAGGGUCAAAAAGUACCUCUCAAAGGGCCUCUAUUCAGGACAAGAGGUGACGCAGGACAUUACUCGAGGACUGACGGCGGCCGAGAAGAAGCAGCUGGCGCAACUGCCCGAGCUCAUGCCCCGCAAGGAGAACAAGGUCAUGCCCGCGCCCAUCUUUACGGGCUUUCGAACGUUGUUGACCGGCCGCGAUUUCAAGCUGCCCUUCCACGUCUGCAACCCGCUACCACCCGGACAGCCCAAGCCAGAUGAGUGGAAGAAGAUGACCAAGAAUCGAUUCAUUGGCGAAUCCAAGGAAGUCUGGAAAAAGAUGCCGCACAUUCUCGAUUAUCAGUCCAAGUGUGUGUGCAAGCCAGAGGACGGUUGUGCCGAGACGUGCCAGAACCGAAUCAUGCUCUAUGAAUGCGACGACACAAAUUGCAACAUCGGAAGGGCCCACUGCACGAACCGGGCCUUUGCCGAACUCACAGCUCGUCGAAACAGGGGCGGAAAAUAUCGCGUUGGAGUUGAGGUCAUCAAGACGUCGGACCGCGGCUAUGGUGUCCGCAGCAACCGCUGCUUCGAGCCUCACCAAAUCAUCAUGGAGUAUGCGGGCGAGAUCAUUACCGAAGAGGAAUGCGAGCGACGAAUGAAUGAAAUCUAUAAGAAUAACGAAUGCUAUUAUUUGAUGAGUUUUGACCAAAACAUGAUUAUUGAUGCCACCACGGGCAGUAUUGCUCGAUUUGUAAACCAUAGUUGCAACCCCAACUGCCGAAUGAUUAAAUGGAUCGUCUCGGGGCAGCCUCGAAUGGCUCUCUUUGCCGGUGACAGGCCAAUCAUGACCGGUGAGGAGCUCACGUAUGACUACAACUUUGACCCCUUUUCGGCAAAAAAUGUCCAAAAGUGUCUCUGCGGACAGCCCAACUGCCGAGGUGUCCUGGGACCCAAGCCCAAGGGCGUCAAGCCCAUCAAGGAGAAUAUCAAUGUUGCCACCAAGGGCAGGGGCAAGGGCAAGGGGGGAAAGGGAAAGCGGAAGCUCAAGGAGCUCAGUGGGAACGAACAGAACAUGGAGCCAGGCGCCAAGAAGCGCAAGAUGCAGCAGUCCAAACCGAAGCCCAUCCGGACUCUCAAGGCUCCCGCCAAAGAGCUGAAGUCUGUCAAGGGUUUGAAGGCCGCCAAAACCCUCAAACCCAUCAAGGUGGUGAAAGCAAAGCCUGCCAAAGCUUCAAAGCCCAAAAAGGCCGUCCGCGUGGCCAAGACUGCCAAAAGGCCAUAUUCAAAAGUCAGCAUCAAGGUCAAGGCCCCGGUAAAGGCCAAGCGCCAGCAAAAGAAGACGGAGAUCAGCGCAUCAAUCACCGUCAGCGCAGCCGCCGAAAUUACCGCCAUCGUCUGAGCGGAAACCAAGCCUGCAUGGCUAUCCUGUUGUCCCUAGGACGAACAAUGCGAUUCAACACGGCUUCCCGAAGCCCCCCUCUGUGUACAUUUUAGACACUGCCUGUGGCUUCUCUUGUUCGCCACUGCAUUUCGCUCCGGAGUCCGGACUCUUUUACGGUCGUACCGGACAUCCAUUCGUUAUCUCCCGGUAGGCAGUCGGUUCUAUAUGCCCUGGAGUAACACCUUUGUUAUCUUUAACUUUUUUGGGGGGUUGGGGGGAGGAUAAGGUCACUGAUAGAUUUUACCUUGUUUUAUCUCACUUCUCUGUAAUUUUUUUUCUUUUUCUUUUUUUUUUCAACUGGUGGAGGAUCAAUUUCGUGCGCAAAGGUAAGGGGGGGAUGAGUUGCAAAAAAGGGUUUGCUUUCAAGUUUUUGCUUUCUGUUUUCGUCUUUGUUAUCGUAGUAAAGUUUUGGAGUUUGGGAUGGUAAACAUGGUUUCGGCGAUAAUGAGAGCUGAUGAUUCGGGUAUU